AUGCCCCCAGAACAAGUUAAGCAACGGCGUUUUUACCAUUGGCCGGGGCAGUCGCCAAGCAAAACAGAGCAUGCUACUCAAAAUCACAAACUGGACUACAAAAUACCCGCGGGUGCAUAUUCUACCCAGGGUAUCCCAGUUGCGAGCUCGAUGCCUCAACUUCCAAACGGACAGAGCCGUGCGACUUCACAAACUAAUCAUGGUCGCUUUCCUCCCCGUCCUGUGCCUAUCCCACCGCCGCAGACUCAGAUUUCGCAAACAGGGCCAUCGGCAUUGAAUCGUGCGACAUGGACAUCGUAUUCCGGAUUGAACGCAUCAGUGGGGAAUCUACUAUCCCAUGCCACCCAAAAGGCACAUGCUACAGUCUUAGACUUGGAAACAUUAAUUUUCCAAUGUGUUGGAGGGGCACCGAACGUACAUGAACCGACAUCAAGACUUUUGGAUCAAGUAAUCACCUCUAUUGAUUCAGGUGUUUUCUGUGGACGAGAAAAUGAGCUUGUUGCUGCAUGCGCUCUUCCACUUCGAUCAAAGUAUAAGGAUCGAACGUCUAGUCAAAGUGGAAAACAGAAACCAGAGCGCUCAACCGAUUAUUUCUCCAAGGUUUAUUUAUAUGCAAACUCACAGAUGCCUAUGAGCCUCACACCUAUCAAAUUUUAUCCUGCUACAUAUCCACUUCUUCAGCUUGCCGCCCAAUACUCACGUCGAGUCUACGACAAGCCCAAUAAUCGGGAACGGAGCUCAUACGUCCAGUCCGAUUGGCGCAAUGGUACAAAAGCGAUGGUGAUAAAGUCUUUGCCAGUCGACAACAUGAACACUAUUGUUUUCGCCAUCCGAGGCACCCAGAGUUUCAUGGACUGGACCGUCAACAUGAAUAUGGCACCUGUAUCACCGAACGGCUUUUUAGAUGACUCCUCCAAUUUUUGCCAUGCUGGAUUUUUAUCCGUCGCCCGUAAAAUGGUUGCUCCAGUUGCUGCUCGAUUGCGUGCACUCCUUGAAGAAGACCCCAAUCGCAUGUCCUACUCACUUCUUAUCACCGGCCACUCUGCCGGAGGCGCAGUAGCCAGCCUUCUAUAUCUACACCUACUAUCAAACUCUGCUACUGCUCAGUCUGAAUUGAUACAUUUACGAGGGUGCUUCAAGCACAUACACUGCGUUACUUUUGGAGCACCCCCGAUUUCAUUUCGACCGCUCCUUCGCCCUGCGAGUGCGAGUUCUAGAUCGAUGUUCUUCUCUUUUGUGAAUGAAGGAGAUCCGGUCUGUCGCGCCGAGAAAGGAUAUUUCUUGUCUUUAUUGGAUCUAUAUGCCAAACCACCACCAGGCUCUGUAUUGGCAUUCAACUUAAACACAAAUUCCAGGUCAGAUACCCUUUGGCCUGUUCCUGCGGCUAUACUGUCUACGGCAGGUCGGAUGGUUCUUCUUCGGGAUGAAACGCCCGAGUCUAGUAAUCGACUGCAGGCAUUCUAUCCGGUCAAAAAUUCCAAUGACGGCGCUCCUCCUCUUCCACCCCGGCAGAACGUCGGGGCAUACGGAAUCACCGACUUGGAUCUACGUAAUGUGGUUUUUGGAGAUCCUCUCAUGCAUAUGAUGGAUCUAUACGCUAGGCGGAUUGACAUUUUGGGUCGCGAUUCUGCAAGAGAAAAGCCACGCCGAUGA